AAUAUCAAAUUAAUAUCUGUGCCUCUUUAUUUCAUUGUGAACAAUGAUUUUUUCAUAGAGUGUUACCAAAUUGAUACUGGUAUUAUUCUCCGUACGUGGAUAAUUCAAGUUUCAAGUAUUGAAAUCAUGUCCACAACUUUCACACUGAAAUCAACAAAUGCAGAUUUUAGCCAACGUCAAAAAGAUGUUUUCGAGCAGCUGAAGGUUCUUGAAAAUAAUAGGAAAAAUAGUACAUUCUCAACAGCUGAGAAUGGAAUGGAAACUGAUGAGAUACCUGAUGGAAACAAACAUCAGAGGCGCUUUACCAAGCAAUACAGAGGCAAAGAGAGUAUUUUCAAAAAGCCUCAGAAUCUAGCACCAAAGAACUAUAUGCGAGGUAUUCCUGAUUUCAAGAAAAAUCCACAUAAAUGGACCAAAUACUCACUAGAUGAUGUCAAAGAUGAGGAUAUUUCUGAUAAAACCAAUACUAAGGCAGCUCUAUCAUUUCUAAAAGAGCUCAGAGAUAGAAGAAGUACAGAAAUUGGAGAGAAUAAUGAAAGAUCAAUGCCAGAUUCUCAACAGAAAAUAAUUUUCCAAAGGCAUGCCAAGAUUGAGAAGAAAGGUACUGAAAGUGAUCCAGAAGACUUGAAAUCAACUUUCAGGAGUUCUAAAGUUGUCAUGCCAGAAUAUGUUGUUGGCCAGAAAGUAAAAAAAGACAGGAAACCCAAAAGUAAGACAGGAAGUAGAGGCAAGGAACUGAAACUUGUUCAUUUGUUUGAUGAAGCAGAAGAUGAAUAGACAUCAUUCAUAUCAACCUGUGUAUUGAUUUAAUUAUAUAAUAUAUAAUAAUUAGAUAUUCAAUAUGCUGAUUUUCAUUAGACACUGAAAUUAUAUGUACAUACCUAUUAUUCUUGAAAUAAUCAAAUAAGUACUGGAAACUUGAAAGUUGUAGUGAAAUUUUGAACUUUCAAAUAAAUGUAAAUUAUCUAGGUUUAU